CGCCCCUUCCCGGAUCCUCCUCUCUCGCCUCUCCCCUCCCCGGCCCGGCUGCAGCGGAGCCGGGAGCCGCGGCUGCCCCGCCGCCCCGGCAGGGCCCGUCCAUGGAUGCCAGCAAGAAGGUGGAUCUGAAGAUCAUCAUCAUCGGAGCUCUGGGCGUGGGCAAGACCUCUCUGCUGCACCAGUACGUGCACAAGACGUUCUACGAGGAUUACCGCACCACGCUGGGCGCCAGCAUCCUCACCAAGGUCCUCGCCGUGGACAACACCCCCCUGAAGCUGCAGAUCUGGGACACAGGGGGACAGGAGCGAUUCCGGUCCAUGGUGUCGACCUUCUACAAAGGCUCAGACGGCUGCAUGCUGGCCUUUGACGUGACAGACAGAGAGUCCUUUGAGGCCCUGGACAACUGGAGAGAUGAUUUCCUGGAGAAGGUCAUUCCCAGGGAACAGGAUUUCCCCAUGGUGGUGCUGGGGAACAAGAUAGACCUCAGUGACCGGCAGGUGCCCAAGGAAACAGCCUCAGCCUGGUGCAAGGAGAAGGACAUUCCGUAUUUCGAGGUCAGCGCCAAGAACAACAUCAACGUGGCCGAGGCUUUCGAGACCCUGGCGAAGCAGGCGCUGAGCACGUACAAAGGGAUUUUUGAGAGUUAUUUAACCGACUCCAUCAAGCUCACUCCCAACGACAAGCCCAAGCAGAGCUGCUGCUGACCCCGGGGCCGCUGGACCCCGCGGUGCCCACGGCCGGAGCCCUGCCCGGGGGUCCGUGCCCGCUGCCCACCCCAGCCUGCCCACAGGGACUGGCCAUGCCAGGGCACAGGAUGGGCACCGCUGGACACAGCAGGGCCGCCUGCCUGCUCAUCCCGGGAUUUGCGGCGUCCCACGGCUCUGGAGCUGCUCUCCCGAGCUUCCCGAUCACCUCAGUGUCACCGUGAUGGCCCUGUCCCCCCUCGGCCUGCGGCCGUGUGGCACCCGAGCGGGCGAUGUCCCUGCGGUGACGGUGCCAGGGGUGCGGGCAGUGCUCCAGAGACCACGACCCUGGCACCACGGGUCACCCACCCCAGUGCACAGCCUGGUGGCCCCGCGGCUCUCAGGGUGGUUCAGGCUGGCCUGGGGGGACAACUGGGGCUGGUGGCCUCGGCACAGGGACCAGCCACUGUGGACGCAACUAUUCCGUGCCUCAGUUUCCCCUCCUCUUAUGUAUAUCCCCCAUCAAACACCUUCCCCCUCCCACCUUACUGGGGAGGAUUCUCAAAAAAGCACUUUGUCAGGGGUACUCUUUUUUUUUUUUUAAAAAAAAAAAAAAGGAAAUUAAAUAUUUCAUUUUUAUUUAUAUUUAUGUGUUGUGAAAUGGUCCCA